GGAGAGGAUCCUCUGUGCAGAUGAGAGAGUGGACCGACUUGGAGAUGAGCUUUUCGGCGGGGGGGUUCCUCUCAGCCUCGGAUGGCUACUGCCCCACAGAGCAACUCCAGUACUAUGACAUGCUGGGUGACCCUCUGGGCUUCCCCUUUCAGGACCCGGACCUCCAGCAGCUCCCUUAUAGCCAACAGCAGUACAGCCCGGUCAACCUCCCGCUCUCCCUCUAUGGAUCUCCAUCCUCCUCCACCUCGUCUUCCUCCUCUUCCUCCUCCCAGCCCUGCCUUGCUCCCUACAUCUACAGCACACACUGCCCGGAGGCCCCCUGCGAUCCCGAGCCGCAGUGUGGAGGCCUGGUUCAGGCGGUCGGGGUGGCAGGGCUGCCCCUGGGGCGGAGGACCCGAGUGGGGCCAGGAGGGAAGAGCAGAACUCAGGACGAGCUGUGUGUGGUUUGUGGGGAUAAAGCAUCCGGAUAUCACUACAACGCUCUCACCUGUGAAGGAUGCAAAGGUUUCUUUAGGCGGAGUGUGACUAAAAAGGCUGUGUAUCGUUGUAAAAGUGGCGGCAGCUGUGAGAUGGACAUGUACAUGAGGAGGAAGUGCCAAGACUGCCGGCUGAGGAAGUGCCGCGCCGUGGGAAUGCUGGCCGAGUGCCUGCUGACAGAAGUGCAGUGCCAGUCCAAACGACUGAGGAAAGGAGGUAAAGCCAGAAGGCAGGAGGCGGAGGACGGCCCAGACAGCAGGAGGGUCAGCUCCACCAGUAAGCUGCCAGGACAGGUUCUGUCUGCCAGUCUAUCUCGAGAACAGAAGUACAUGGUGGACAGGAUGGUGGAGGCCCAUCGACAGUACAGGGUGCAGGACAGCACCCACUGCAGGUUGUUUGAGUGGCCGUGUAUAGAUGAAGGGGACAGUAUGACUGAUGCAGCACCACCCCACCUACAGAGACUGCUACAGUUUGCCAGGACAGUGCCAGGUUUUGACCUCCUGGAGUUUUCAGACCAGAGGGCUCUCCUGUCCAGCUCCUCACUGGAGGUUAUGUUCCUGCUUUCAGCUCAGCAGUUCUCCCACAACCCAUCAAGCCCCAGUCCAGCCCUGCAGCCUUUCAACAUGUCGACACACCACUGGCUCAGAAACACGGAGAUGAAGGAAAACAUCCAUAGUAGGACGUUGGUCAGUUCUGGAACCAGGGAGGAUCUUCUGGGGCCAGUGCUCAACUUCUUCCACAGUAUGGCAGUGUUAAGAGUGACCGAGGCUGAAUACUCACUGCUCACCGCAACAGCACUGCUCUGCUCAGACCGGGCGUCCCUUCAGGCGGCUGACUGUGUUGAUAAGAUGCAGGAGCUGAUCCUGGACCUGCUGUCCAGGGUGUGCGGGGCGCAGGGUGGAGCGCCGCGGGCAGGGCCGCAACGUUUCGGCCGCCUGCUGGGCAGACUGACAGAGCUGCGGACUCUCUGUCACAACCACCUCCUCCUGACCAGACAGCAGCCUGCACACUGAGGGCCACAAAGUCACAAAACUGGCGGUCAUGUGAAAACCUCCUACCUCCAGUUUUGGGGAUGUUGGUGUUUUGCUAUAGCAGCCAUUUUGACAUGAAAUAGCAUGUAAACACAGGUGUCGACAUUAAUGAAGGUUCUGUUACAUUUUGGUCUAGCAGAGACAGGGUUCUAGUUCACUGGAAAUCUAUCCUUAAAUGGGAAUCGAACCUUAAUUUAUGUCAUUAGUAACACGUGUUUACCCUGCAAUUUCAUGGCAAAAUGGCUGCUGUGAAAAAGGUCUAUUAUACAACCCAGUUGGGGUUUGAAAACCCUUUCAGAGUCCUUUGGCUAAAUUUAAAGGUGCAUUGUGGCCAAGCAGAAAAGGUCUGUUUUUUUUCCCCCUGUCUUAUGUAAAAUGAACAUACUGGAGAUAUAAGGUUUUCAUGUGAUACUGGAUCAAAUGGAUCGUGCUAAGUCCCUUUAAAGAGUGAGUCACCACCAGCAGAAAGCAUUUCUCCUGCACUGCCCUCUAGAGGUUGAAACUUUCAGGCAUGUUGCACUUCCGGCCACACCCAGUCAGGGGAUGUGGCUGCAGCUACUUUGCCGCUGGCAGCUGCUAGAAAUACCUGCUGCUACAUCGCUGACUGGCUGUGACCAGAGGUGCGACAUGCCUGGAAACCUCAACAUGUAAAAAGUGCGGCAGUUUUCUGCCUCAUGUGAUUUAGUGUUGAAUUACUCUUUUAAUAGUUCACACAAAACUUUCAACACUCUUCUCAGUUUGUUUGGACUCAUUUUCCUAAUGGUAUGUUAGUAAUUUCUUUAUUUUUCUAUUAGUUUAAAAUGUGACUGCAAUCAUGCUUGUGGGCUUCCAUUUUUUAAUGCAAAGGUAAUUUUAUACAUGUACUGCACGACUAACACAUAAGCGUAUACUUCCCACUGUCAA